CGUGAUAACUGGAUUCAUAUAGAUUUUAUUGUGUAGUUUAAAUUGCAAAAAUAACAUGGGCCUGUUUAGUGGAUUUCGAGCAAAGUUCACAAAAGACAGUGUUGCUAAAAAUGCUAAAAAGGAUUUUGAUAAAAGUAACGUAGUGUGCUUGGGAUAUAAAGUGUAUUCGGAAUUUCAAGAUCCUCCACGUUAUCUACCUCAAAACCCAAUAGAACCAAAACCAUCAUCUACAAUAAGAACUAUACCCGUGCUUCCAGAAUCAAGAACGAAUAAUCAUUCUUCACCUGCCAUAGUUAAUCCACAAACCAGAAUAAUAACAAAUUCAAACGCACGAAAACCAUCAGGUAAAGAAAAACCAACACCACCAAAUCGCAUAAUAAGACGAGAAAUACAUAUAACUGAAACUGCAAAUGUAGCAGAAGAAAUAAAUGGAACAGCGAAAUUGGAGACUCAAAGAACAUCUGAUAGGAUGUAUGUUGUUGGUAAAACCAGCAGUUUUAAUCCUGAUUUAAAAGCUGAACAGCAACCUAAAUCCAUUUUAAAACAAAAACCUACAAUAGAAAUUAUUGAAUUAAGAAAUGAUACUAUUACCCCAGAUGAAAAUAGCCAGUAUAUGGUAUCUGAAGAUAGUGAUGAUGAUAACACUCUGACUACUCCAAUAAAAAGCCAAUCAUCCGAGAAUAAAAUAGUUGAAGUAAUUUAUGACUCUUCGAACAAUGAAGGCAAUAACGGAACAGACGGAACCUCUGACUCUGAGAUGUCAUCGAUAAAUAGGUUUGCACAAGAACUACCUGCCAAUUAUCUCUCAACAAGUCAGAUUUAUACAGAAACAGAAUCUACAAAUAUAAGCUACACACAGAAACAAUCUUCAGAUUCAUAUUAUAACGGAAAUUAUGGUUACAGUCAAACCACAGGCAAAAUAGGUUCAACUAGUAGCUUUGCAGCUAAUAUAUUCUUUGGAGGCGACGAAGAGCCAGAAGUUCAAAGACCUAGAAGGUUUAAUCUGAACGGUAUGCCAAUUGAUGAUGAGAGCAGAAGUAGUGCAGAGUGCUGAAAUUGUGAUUAAAAUUUGAUGUGGAUAUUGUAAUUAGUCCAAAACAGUUUUUCGUCUACAUUAUUCUAUUUGCACAUAUAGUUUGACACUAUACUAAAGCUAUUCUAUUAUUUUUCUAUUUGUGUGUUAAAAUAAAGGCUUCCAUCAUAACCUGUCAAGUGAAACUUGUUAGUUUUUUCUAGAAAAGAUUUAGUUAUUAAUUUUUAAUAAACUUGGUCAAAUAGAAUUUUACCCUAAAACAAUAAGAUAUAUUUAGUCCAAAAAAAAACAAAUAUUAAAAAUUCUAAAGUUUGUUCUGCUUGUGAUUAUUUUUUAAAGUGAAUUUUCUAGCAAAAUAUAUUUUUUAUUAGGUACAAUGUGCUUUGGAGAAACUAAAUUGAAAACAAACAAUUUGGCGAAUCACCUUAUCAGGUUUACCAUAAGCUUUUGGGGAAAAUUAAAUCCAUACAAGGAAAAAUAUAAUAAAUAGCCAAAAUCCUUUGACUAGGGAAAUUUAAAAAGCAAUUGAUAUUGAUUGGCACAAUCUUAAAUACUCUAUAAUAAGUUUAAUCGUCAACUAACUAAGCAAAAAUAAUUGUUGCAAUAUGACCUUACUUAAACUUGUUUUGUGUAAAAUGUAAUUUGAUUUUAAUCAGAAAAUCCAAUAUAUAAUUUUUAGAACAAUUUAUUUGACACUUACUGAAAACUGAUACUAUGUAUUAGGUCUUUUAUCGUUAAUUUUUCAGAUAUCUAACAAUAUAAUUAUGAAAAUUUCAGAACAUAAACCCUUGACAAAUAAUAUCUAGAAUAUCUUUAUUGAAAUGAAAUAAAUCUCUUGUGUAGAGUGUAGACAAGUUUUAUUGAUAUUACUUGGAUAAUAAUUUUAAGUCUUAACUGGGAUUAAAAAUAGAUCAUGGUUUAUUUUGAAAUAUUUUCAUAAUUUAAUUAUAUGGACAUCUCCAAAUGAUUCAGGAUAUUAGUAAUAAGAAUUAGACAUAGGCUAGCUCAUCAUCAUUUUUUAUAUAAAUACGAGCAAGUCAAUAAUAAGUUAGUUCUUUAGUUCGCUUCACUGGGUUCACAUGUUACGGAUUAAGUAAUAAAGUUUUUUAAAAAGACUGCUUAAUUUAAACCAUAACUGGUAGUCUAGAAAAAUUGUCGAAAAAUACAUGCAUUGCAAAAAAAAAAAAAUCCUACCCAAAUGAACUUUUCAGGGAUGAUAGGGGGUGGGUAGGUGAUCAUAAAACCGAGGAUAUCACACAUUCACCCCUCUGGCGAUUACUUGGUACCUAUUAAUUUUACAAAAAAAUGUUUCAAAUAAAAGAUGUGCAACAUUAUUUGAUCUACAAUGUUUAUCUGAAGACUUUUUUGCUUAAUAAGGGCUGUUUAAAAUGUAUAAUGAAAAUAAAUUUUUUUAACCAACGUGAAAAAAAAUUCUACAACUUACACAACGUUUUUGCUUAAUGAAGUUUUUACUCACCCCCUGCCGUUUUUCAAUAGGGGUAGUUUAAAGUUUUUUUUAUUUUUUUACAAAAAAAAUUUCUUAAUAAAAGUUUUAU